UAUCAACUAUGGUCGUAUGUUUGAAUUGUUAGUUAUAGUUCAACUUUUCUAAUUUGUUAAUUAUAUCUCGUCGAUGGUUACAUAUCGUAUUUUCUUUUAGAAUUAUGCAUUUAGAAUAUUUUGUUUUGUAGUUAUGAAAAUUAACAGUGAACAGAAAUGCAAUAAGAAAAAAAAUAGGAACAGAAAACGAUCUAAGAAACGGAGAGGUAAUAAAAAGAAGUUCAAACAUCAGAAGUCUCAUAUUAUAAAAAGGGACUGGAUGCCAGUUCAGUUAGCUAGGAUGAACGGAGAUUCUUUUUGGCAUAAUUACAACAAUGUUGUACUCUGGCAAAGGAAUUACUUGAAUUACAUUAAUAGUUGUAAUUUGUCCCCAGAUACAUCUUUUAUAAUCAAUAGAGACUCCUUAUGGACACCUGACAGUGGGACAGCGACAAUUGAUUUCACAACUAGCAAAGUUUUAGAUUCUGCCAGUGAAUCGAACAGUGAAUAUUAUAAUUCACAAGACGGUGAUGAUGAAGAAGAAUUGGAAGUAACCAAAGAAAUGAUGGAUUUCCUUGAACAAAGUAUGAAGCACAAAGAAGCCAUGAGGUUGAUGAAAGCAGAAGCUGAGCUCGUUACGAAUGAGACAAAAGAAGUUGAGGAAGCACCUGAAAAAGAAAAAGGGCGAGAUGAUAUAGAAGAAUGCCAAACUCCUCAAGAAAAAAUGAUUGAUGAAAAGAGGAUUUCGGAAAUGUCAAAGCUGUAUGGAAAAUCUUUCCCAAUGAUAAUAGGAAUGGAAACUGCUCUUCAAUUGACAUUUAACAAGAAUUGUGAUAUAUAUAAGCCAGCUUUUUGGCCAUGUCUACCAUUAAAAAUACAAUUCAAUAAUAAAUAAAAUAUUUCUGUUUUCUUAA